GAGCUCCCGCUCCCCCGACUGCUGCCAAGCUGACGGGCACACCUCUAGCUCAGCUCGUGGGUCUACAGGAGGGUGAUCCAGACAUCUCUUCUGAAACCCGCCUGGUGUUGCGCUGCACCCUGGGUGAGCUGGCUGUGCAUGGAGGUGUGGACGAACCAUGGGUGCGGCAAGCUCUGGUCUCUGCAUUGUCAGACUUCGACAGCCUUCAGCCAAGCGAUCCAACGCUUCGGCCUUUCGUCUUUCGAGCUUUGACAGCUCUCGCAGGCGUGACCAACCAGAAUGGCGAUGCCAUCACGGCAGAAGGGCUCUAUCGCACAGCUCUGGACCACGUGGAGAAGUACAAGACUUCCGGCCAGCGUGCAGAGACCUGGAGAUCCUGGGUUUCCGAGGGCUUUGUGCAGAUGCUUGCCGAAGGCCGUCAUGCUGAGCAACGCAAAGCCGAGAUCCAGGCGCUCCAGGCAGAGGUGAAGCAUUCCUCAACCUCAGUGCGACGCUGGGUGUACAGCGCUGCGACCAUGCUGCCUCCGACAGAAACUCCUGACGUCCAGGCAUCGAGUGACGGUGGCUUCAGUCUGAUGGGCACCGAAUGCCCGCGCAAAGCCGCAGAGUUCGCGGGAAAAGUGCAGAAGACAUUGUAUUGCACAGCCGGCGAGAAAGGACCCUGGCACAACUUCUGUGUUGGCUUCGUGUUCAGCUCAGCUCAGGAGGGGAGCCAUGUCGUGAAGAACCUGCACCGAGAUUGGAUGGAAACUCGCCUCGUGGACACUUGCAUCGCUGGCUGCGUUGGCCGAAAAAGCACCUGA